AUGGAAAACAAUAAAACUUCAAGAAGAGUUGAGUUUGCGCUAUCUGGGCUACAUCCUGCCUUAUUUCUAACUGACGUCGAUGAAUAUUUUAUCUGCAGGAUUUGCUAUUUUGUUGUCAGAACACCACUUGCAUGUACAGCUUGUGAAAACCUUUACUGUAAAGAAUGCGCUGAAAAAUACAUAAGAAUCCGCGGCAAAAUCUGUAAAUACUGCAAAGCUGAGCUAAACUUACUAGAACUCAGAAAAUUCCCUUUGAAAAUUUACAGCCAAUUUACUUUAUUUUGUGAAAAUUAUAAUCAUGGCUGCCGCUUUGAAGGGAGCAUUGAAGAAAUCCGUGCCCAUAUUCAAGAAUGCGAAUUUAGCUUGAUUCACUGUUCUAACCCUCUGUGUACCAAAGAAUUCUUAUUAAAAGACUGCACGUUCCUUGACCUAAGAGUUUGCUCUUUAAAAUGUAAUGAAGCAGUCCAAUUUUGGAAUAUUCUUGGCAAGCAAAAUAAAAUAGACUAUAUUAAGUUCUUCUGGCAAUGCUUGGAUGCGUAUAAGACCAAGCUACAAAAUUCUAUUGAAGAAGAGUCUAAAGAUCUAGCUGAAACUGGGGACGAAAAACUAAAGCAAAUACAAGAGGAAACUGAAAAACUGAGGCAGCAGCUUUAUGAAGUAAAGCAUUUGAUUCAUAAUGGAAAAUUGGUGCACUCAGUGUGGACUUGUUGUAAACAAGAAAAAUAUUCACAAGGAUGCGUAAAAAUUUAA